UUUCUCCCUGCCGGGGAUGCUCUGAGGACUGUGCUGCAGCCUCAGGGAGGGGCUUCUCCUAGGCUGAUGGUCCUGGGUUUCAGGGACUACCUGUGACAGCAGCACGAGGCAUGCUGGGAAAACCCAAACACCUGGGCGUCCAAAAUGGCCGAAUGGGCCUGGCUGUAUCGGAUGGGGAGUUAAACAGCUCUGGAACCCGGGGCAGUAAUAACAGUGUGAACAGCCUGCCAAGCACCCAAAGUGUCACCCAUUCCUUGGGGCAAUCCGUGGCCCGCUGGGCUGAGUCCUUUGAGACACUGCUGCAGGACCACCUUGGUGUUGCCUACUUCACUGAGUUCCUGAAGAAGGAGUUUAGUGCUGAGAAUGUGUAUUUCUGGCAAGCAUGCGAACGAUUCCAGCAGAUCCCAGCCACCAGCACCCAACAGCUGGCUCAGGAGGCUCGGUGCAUCUACGAUGAGUUCCUGUCGAGUCAUUCGGUGAACCCCGUCAACAUUGACAGGCAGGCCUGGAUUGGGGAGGAGAUGCUGGCUGAUCCCACCCCUGAUAUGUUUAAUGUCCAGCAGCUCCAGAUCUUCAAUCUGAUGAAAUUUGACAGCUAUGCCCGCUUUGUCAAGUCACCACUGUACCAGGCAUGUGCCAGGGCUGAGAGCCAAGGACAGCCCUUGCCAGAGCUGAGGCCCCACUCUCAAAGUGGCAGCCCCCCAACUGACCAUGGCAAGAAAACAAAACUAAAGGCAGGCAAAUCACUUCCACUUGGUGUGGAGGCAGCAGGCAACUUGGCUGGUCGGAGUCCUCGGAGAUCCUUCCGGAAGGGAGACCGGAGGGAACGUCACUGGGGAGAGGAGAGAAAUGGCAGUGAGGGGCCAUCCCAGUGGCGUGAGUCCCAAGGCUCUCUGAAUUCCUCUGCUAGCCUGGACCUGGGCUUCCUGUCAUCUUGUGCAACCAACAGUCCCCAGACAGACAACCACAGGAAGAGCUUGACUGGCUCAGAAUCUGAUAACCAGAACCAGCCCAUCAAGUACUGUUGUAUUUAUUUGCCUGACGGGACUGCCUCUCUGGCCCCAGUCCGUGCUGGCCUCUCCAUCCAGGAGAUGCUGGUUGGAAUUUGCGAGCGCCGUGGCCUCCACCCGCCUGAUGUAAAAAUCUACCUUGUGGGGAAUGAAAAGAAGCCGCUGGCACUGAACCAGGAGAGCUUAGUCCUGAUGGACCAGGAGGUGAGGCUGGAGACCAGGAUCAGCUUUGACCUGGAAAUUGUACCUAUUAAUAAGACUGUGCGUAUUCUGGCAAAAUCUACUAAGCACCUACGUGAGGCACUGCAGCCUAUCUUGGAGAAGUACGGCCUGGAUGUUACACGGGUGCUACUCCGACGGCCUGGUGACCCCCGUGCUCUGAAUAUGGAAGAGAAGGUGAGCUCUGUGGCAGCUCAGAAGCUUGUACUGGAGUCUGAUGCAGAGGCGAAACCUGUUGAUGCCAGAAAUGCCACUCCAAACUCUGCUUGUGACCAGAAUGAGGAUGGCAGCUGUGUUGAGACAGAGGCAGAUGCUGAGCCACUCCCAGAGAUGUCCUGUUCCUUUACCAGGCCUUCCAGGAGUAACCAGAAUCGGCACACAUGCGACUUGGAAGGGCUUGUGGAGCUGCUGAAUCGGGUCCAGAGCUGUAGAGUCAAUGACCAGCGUGGGCUGCUAUCUAAAGAGGAUCUAGUACUGCCUGAGUUCCUCCAGGUACCUGAACAUGAUGAUGUCUCCUGCAAGAACCACACCUCCUCCAAUCCCGUCCCUGAGAAGACAUGCACAUCUGAAGCCCCUGAUGCUGAGCCAGCCUCCAUCUCUCAGUGUCAGUCAGAGGUGCAGCCACAAGCCCAGGCUUCUUCUCCUUCAAAGCAGCAAACGCGAUGUCCAUCAUCAUCUUCAUCACCAGCUACUGCUGCUGGAAAGCCUUCAGCCCUGUGAUCUAUCCCAUGAGUUUCCCCUCACUACAUGUCCUAUCCCCCCUCCAAGAGGUCAUGCUCUUUGCAGUAAGGUCAGGCCCUUCAUGUUCAAUAUCUGUUGUGGUAUUAUGGUCUGCCUUACAUAGACCCUUUCCCUGGUCUAGGAAUAUGGUUGAGGGCCAGCUAGGACUCAUACUCACUCUAAGGACCCCCAGCCUGUCUUCCAGGAAUAGAUGGACGUCUGUAUUCUUGAUGUGCUGCCUGACUCUCACACCUUGGAACUGCCCAUGCUGGCUGGGCAGAGAUACACCAAGGUUGCUCACUUGCUGUACAAGACCGUUGUAUGGUGUUGCUCAGUGUUGUAAAACAACUGCCCAUGGCUGCUCCAGUGGCAACUGCACCUCUGUGGCUAGUGGUGAUGAUGCCUGUAUAUAGUUUGUAAUUUUCAGUCUUUGUAAAAUGUAAGAUACACUGCAAAAUGGAA